AGACGUCCCAACUCGGCAUGGAAAGCACCACCUUGGCCACCUACUGCGCCCAUCAGACCGCCUCCUUGCGAUUAUAUGCCUCAGUCCCCAGCUUACAAUGCACCCACCUUCUCAAUUUGCCAACGGGGCAAGGAUGUUGCUGUAGAGUCCAGCUAAGGACUCGACCAAAAAGAAGAGCUUUUUGGGAGGCACCCCAAAACUUUAAUUUUAUGCUUUUAUUAACAUUUUUGUUUUGUCAGUUAUUACAUGCUUGAUGGUAGUUAGAACACUUACUUAAUAAGUAAACAUAAUUGUAUGAAUCUAGGGUUUCACUAAUUUAAGUCAGAAUUUUUAGUAAUCGUUGAAGUGGGACUUUCCCGUUUAAUUCACUUACUUGAUUUACGGCCUAAAUGUGUGCGUAUAUAUGUCAAAUGCAGGUAGGGAGUUCGGCGACUCGAGAUGGUGAAGGAAAGCCCGAAAUCAACCCUUUCACCACGGUUUCUAUGGCCAUCACGAGCUACAACACCAGGCCAUGCUCAUCAGCACAGCCGAAGUCAAGCUCGUGGUGAGAGAACACAAAGCACAAAGAAAAACUCAGCCCUCACCACGGCUACCAAAGGCACCGCGGGCAGCAACACCAGGCAAUGCUGGUCAGCACGGCCGUGCCCCCACCAGUGCCAAAUGGUGCAUCAUUGAAGCUUAAAGGCUCAGCACGGGCUGAGUCCUGGCCGUGCUGAUCAGUACGGCCUUGCUCCCGCCCGUGCUGACCCCCGUGCCUAUAUAAAGGGGAGCUUUCAAAAAUUUUGCUACCCUCUUUCUAAGCUCCAAGGCGUUGUUUUCUUCCAUUUCUCUAAUUCUUCUUACCUUUCUCAGUAAUUCCAAUUUAUGCACCAGCACCAGCACCUCCACCUCCACCGCAACAGCAACUAGUCCGAGCCCAAAGAGCACCAGUUGCGAAUCCACCUGCGCCUGGUCAUCAUCCAUUGUGGACAUUCCCUAACGCAGAUAACGAAAGUCGAUUCCAAGUCAUGAGAUGGAAAUAAGUGAUGGCGGGUCAUUGCAUCGACUUCAUAUCCCUAGAAAGAGUGGGAUUGGUUCAGGAUGUGCAUACUCUAUUCGAGACUUUGCCAUAUGCGUGAUUCUUUGACAUCAUUGAGCCAACCAACCAUGAGCUUACGAUUGAGUUCCUCAGUAGCUUCUUCCUGCAGCAACAGAUCACAAACUGGCAUAAGCCUGAUGCAGUUUAUUUCAGACUUGGAGGAAGAGAGUUCUCAAUGUCAGUCCCAUAAUUUGGCAUGCAUUUGGGAUUAUGGACUGAACAUGAGAUCUCGGGCGAGGAGUAUCAGGGAUUUCUCUACAUUAACCUAAUAUCAUACGACACCAUAUGGGACUCAUUGGUACUUAGGCCAGAAUCGUACUACCCAAGCAGGUCUAAGGCGUCUAGCCUUCCGGAUCAUCUCCGCUAUCUCCAUACCCUAUUAGCUUACACCAUGACAGGCAGAUGAGACAGUUUUGGAGCGGUAACACAGACUGAUGUCUUCAUCCUCUAGGCUAUGCAACAUCAAAAGAAGCUUGACUUGGGAUAUUUAUUGGCUCAACAAAUCUGUUCAUUUAUAGUAGAUGCCCAGAAGAAGAUGCAUUGUUGUUUUGGCCUGUAUGUGACUAGGUUAGCCAAGAGACUGAAUGUAUUAGACGACAGUCUAUCAGAGCUUUCAAAGAUUGGGGACAUGACACCUCUAGGGAUCAGGCAGAUGAUCACGGUUACUAGACAUCCACAUGGUAUAGAAUACAGGCUUGUGAACACAAUAGUUAGGGAGGCUAGAGAGGCAGCGGCUAGAGGAGCCCAAGACCCAUUGGCUGGGAUCCCAGAUGUUAGGAUUCCUAACCCAGCUAGAGUGUUUAUGUCUACAUCUGGAGCCUCAUCCUCUUAUUCUGUAGGGACAUCGAGUGCUCAGAUUAGUGCAUUGGCUGACCGACUAGAUCGAGUCUGCGAUGUACAGCAGCAGCACUAUACUCAGUUUGGGCAAUUUCAAGAGGAGACUAGGGCACAGUUUGGCGGUUUAAACAUUAUGCUUCAGCAGCUUAUAAGAGGGUUGGAGAGGCAGGUCACGCAAACAUACUUAAUAGUGGAGCAGAUGAGAAAAAUGAUGGACGCUGGAGCACAAAAUCAGCGGUUAAUCGAUGAUAUAGAGUUUGAUCUGGCAGGAUGUUUCACGGAUCCUGAUCCACCACCGCCCCCUCCUUUAGCGACUUCCCUACUCUUCAUCUUCCAGCAGAUCCAACCAAUGAGGAUACACCAUCAGCAGACUCCCAGCAGUGAAACAAAAACUUGUGCUACUUUUCUUUUUUCCUUUUUCUUUUUAUUUUCUCUCCUUUAUUUUAUUUUAUUUUCUUAUCUUUUUUGCAUGCUUAGUUUUAUGUUAUUUCCUUUCAUUUUUCCUUUCAUGUUAAUUUAUUUUAGUAGAACACUAUGCUUUCCCAUUUUGAAAUGAACACUAAGUAUGAUCUUCAAGGACUAUGAUGUGCUAGUUAUAUGCUAUACCCAUUUUUAAUUUUUCUAACACUGUGGACAGUGUUAUACUCAAGUGUGGGGUGGGUAUCCCUUAAUUGUUUAAAAGCAAUGAUAAUGGACCAUGCUUAGGAUGUUAAGACCUAGGGUUCGAAUGACAUUCAAGUUUAGUUUAUUCUUUCGUAAUUAAUGACUUAAUUCACACACUAGUACUUGAUUGUCCCUCUUUAUCUUCUAUUCUUGAAAUCAAUUUCAUCGUAUUCAACAUGUCAAUUUGGCUGGGUUAAACCGGUGUUACCUGAGUUCCUUGCAAAUUUACAACCUUUGACUGUGAACUUUGAUUAUGUCGACCUCGUAUUCAAUUUACGUGAGGAUUCAUGUACUUACCUUCAUUUCCAGAACUUGUUCUAUAAUGCUUGUUGCGAUUA